CAUUCUGUAUCUGACUCUGUCUGUCAAAAAGCCGUUUGCUGCUGUUGAUGGGUGUCGAGUUUCUGUAAAUUUCUCAUUUUGAUCGUCUUUCUUUGUGAUUUAAAAGAUUUCCCGUUAACUAAAAAUGGUUUAAUUAUUAUCUCGCGCUAUAAAUUACGUACAGUGGUGGUUUUUUGACUCUGGUAAAAGUUGUAAACAAUUCCAAAAUGUCCGUUCCUAGCACUGGUUUGAGCAAAUUGAAGAAGAAACAUAUUCGUGUAAAACAUCAAAAAGUGAAACUGUUUCGUGCAAAUGAACCAUUACUAUCUGUGUUUAUGUGGGGUGUGAAUCACACGAUUAACGAGCUAAGUCAUGUCACAAUUCCAGUCAUGCUGCUUCCUGAUGACUUCAGAGCUUAUUCUAAGCUCAAAGUUGACAACCAUUUAUUUAACAAAGAAAACAUGCCAUCUCACUUCAAGGUCAAGGAGUACUGCCCCCUGGUGUUCAGGAACCUUCGGGAGAGGUUCGGAAUCGAUGAUCUCGACUACAAGGAGUCUCUCACAAGGUUUAGAAAGCCAGAUAACUACCUGUGUUCGAGGCCCCACAAGAGGCCUACCAGCUUGCUGCGGCGAUCGGCGACGGCGCCUAACGGGGUUGCCAACAUGAAAAAUGAAACUCACCAAGAGAGCAUAUUCCACGAUGCAAGCGAGUUCGUCAAACGAGGGCUGACGAUAAAACGCCUGAGAUCUCAACCAAUCCCGGAUGACUCGUCAGGCAAGUCUGGAGCGAAGUUCUACCAGAGCUACGAUAGGCUCUUCAUCCUCAAGACCCUGACUUCUGAGGAGGUGGAGAGGAUGCACUCGUUCCUAAAGCAUUAUCAUCCCUACAUCGUGGAGCGCCACGGCAAGACCCUGCUGCCGCAGUACCUGGGCAUGUAUCGGCUGACCGUCGAUGGCAUCGAACACUACCUCGUCGCCACUAGAAACGUAUUCUCCAACCACCUCAAUAUCCACAGGAAAUACGACUUGAAAGGCUCGACGGUGGACCGCGAGGCGUCCGAGAAGGAGCUGGAGAAGGACCUGCCGACGCUGAAAGACAACGACUUCAUCAAGCAAGGAGUCCGCAUCGACAUCGGGGAUGCUGCCAAAGAGAAGUUGCUGGAGACGCUCACUGCUGACGUAGAGUUCCUAACGAAGCUGCACCUGAUGGACUACUCGCUGCUGCUGGGCAUGCACGAGUGCGGGCGCGGCGAGGCGGAGGCCGAGGCGGCGCGCCAGAGGGACGCCGAGAACGACUCCGACAACCAGGACUCCGAUACCGACAGCGACACUGACAAUAGGCAUCAUGGAGACAGGUGGGGCUACAACACGCCCCCGGACAGUCCGCGUGGGUUCGCUCGCCAGUCCUCGCUGCGGUACGAGGGGAUCAUACCAGAGCUUGACAUCUACGCCAUACCCAGCCAAGAGAGUGCCCCGAAAAAGGAGAUUUACUUCGUCGCUCUGAUUGACGUGUUGACGCAUUAUGGUGUCAAGAAACAGGCGGCGAAAGCAGCGAAGACUGUAAAGUACGGCAGCAACGUGGACGGCAUCUCGACCUGCGACCCGGAGCAAUACGGGAAACGGUUCAUAGAGUUUGUAGCCAAGGCCAUCGAGGGCAACUAGGUCCGCAACCGCACACGGUGCUUCUUUUAGUACUUAUACUCGAGCAUAUUCUCAUUUCACAAGGAUUCCGUAGCGAAUGGAGUGCUAAUGUAACGCAACAUAUUUAACUUUGGCGCAUCUAUAACGUGGCAAUUUAAUGGAGUGAAGAUAUUCCCGUGUUAGGGAAAAAGCUUGUAAAACAGAAACAAUAAUUACGCUUGUCUCAGCAUCAUGAGCAUUUUUUUUUAUACUUAGAUUCUUUUUAAAUUUUCUGCUUCAAAACUCAAGUACCUAUCUUCUAUUUGUUCUUAUGCUAAUAACGUUUGUCUUUCUUUUUUUUUUAUCUUAUAAAAAUUAUUCCAAGGAUUGGAUGUUAAGUCUUGAUGCCACUCGUAUAUUAGCACUCCAUUUGUUAACUAAUCUGUGUUAUUUUAUUUAAAGAUGGCGUAUCCGUGUCUUGAAGGUUUCACAACAUUGCCUAACGUUAUUAUUGUGGUUAUUUCAAAAUUGGUACAUUUAUUCCAUUGGUUUUUUAUAUUGAGUGUUUGAUAUUUCCUUUAUUUUGGAGUUUACAUAUUUAUGUAUAAUGAUUUAAAUUUAAUGUUUUACUAAAUUAUUUGACAUGAGACAUGGUACCAUCAACGAAUAUUUUGGACUGAGCAGACACAUUUUCUAGAUUUCUUUUUUGAUAUAUUUUCAACGAAAGCACGUUACUUUAUGAAGAAAUAAAGGUCAAAAUAUGGAGCGUCGAGUUCUGAAUGUGGCAACAUCGUUUAGUUUCCGCUAGAUCAUGAAAUAGACCUUACUAAGUUGGCUCAUUGACCCUUUGUUAGUAAAUAAUUGGAGUUUACAGGGUGACGUAGAUUGUAAAGGCCUGGUAGUUUAUUUAGAUGAGUUAUCAGUUCAAUUUUACUUCUUAAAUUUAAAUAUAUGUCUUGCUUACCUGGGUUAGGUCUUUACUUUUGACAUAAGUUACGUUCACGUAGUUAGGUACUGAAAGAAGCACCGCUUAAUUGUUAUAGCUUGUCUAAGACAAGUGCCACGAUACAGUAAGUGUAAUAACGUCGAUUCUUAUUGAGAAUAUAAAAUGCAAAUAAAUAAAAUUCUAAUGUUUAAAAAUCGUAGUGAAGAGACAUGUAUUGAUAUUAGCGUUCAUGCGAAACGAUCGGACAAUUUGCGAGAAGUUUGUAAUUUUUAUCAAAUUAAAAUUAUGAUAUAUCGUAUUUUAUUCGCUUCGCGUGCGAAUUGAAUUGAACACUGUGCAAUAGACAUGUUUAAAGGCUGAUUUGUACUAUAUCGUGGAAAGCGCAAACCGGGGUUGUAAACGGAAAUUUCGCUCGAAGAAAAAGUACGUAUAGUUUAUCGACGAAUGCCUAGUACCCUCGCAUCGGGUAUUCUACGGUCUAGCAUGACUCCAGUUGCAUCCAGGUCGGUCAUUGUCCGAAACAGGGACGGUACGGGUUGUUCGGGACCCAUAUUUUAAUAAUAAUUCUACACUUUCGUCUUGAUGUUUGCAAUAAUAAUAAUAAGCGGACCCUUUUUGACAAUAUUCACGUUUUACUCUCACUCUGAGUCCCUGUUUUGUGCUAUUUGAAUCUUAUUGUUACAGUGCUACGUUUGAGAUUGCAUCGUAUUUUCAAUUAAGACUGUUAGCUGAUUUUACACCAACAUAGUUUAGCUAGUUUUACAAUCGAUGGUGUAAAAUAUUUGGGAAAGUAGUAAGCAUAUUUGAUAUUUUACGAUAAUUCAGUAUAAUAUUUCGUCAUUCGUAACAUCAUUCUCUAUAUUAGCAGUAUAAGAGAUAAUAAAACGACAAUACAAAUUAAAUUAGGUCUUGUAUUCGUACGAGGCGUGUCGAGGCAAUCUCAAACGUAGCAUUUCUGCUACUGCGCACUUUCCCGAUACCUAAAUAAUAUGAGUAUCCCUUUUGGCGACACACUGCAGUGUAUCGCUCGUCUUUCUUCAUCGAAACACCAAAAUAUCAUUGUAAUUCUGAGCGGUUAUAAAAAUCAAAGUUGUAAGUACGUGUAUGUUGACAAACAGCAUUAUUUCAGUGCUGAAUAAAGGAAAGCAUAAUGCAAGGAACACGAAUAAUAGUAUAAUAUGGACAUCAAGUUGUGUAACUCUCCAUUUUAUACUUAAUCAGUGUCUUCUACACUCAAGAUAAAAUGUGCAUUACGUUUGUCAAUGUAUCAUGUACCAUAGUUACAAGCAAUAUAAAGAUAUACUGCCGUUUCUUACCUCAGAAUACGAUAAAAACUUUAAUAAUCCUUAAAAAGCACGUUCGCAAUAAUUUUCUUAUCUCGUUAUUAGCUUUUUAUAAUGUUCCGCUAACGCGUAGUUUAGUAAUUGACAAAUUAUAAUGAAUUAAUAAUAUUAAUAAAAAAAAAAUGUUAAAAUAUCAUUGGAUUAGGAUGUUGACGUGUUACGGUUGGCCAAUUAAACUUUAUCAGAAUACUUGUAUACUAUAAUAUUGGCCGUUGUAUUGUAUCUUAUUAUAUAAUGCCUUCUAUUAUAUUCUAUAUUGUUUCAAGUACACAAUUGUUCAUAGUAAACUUGUAAUCCCCUGGGAAGUAUGGAUCGAUACGUACGAACUUAUGAAAUUUGUCAAUAAUACAUUUUUUGGAAAUUGAUUUUAAAUAGUGAUCUUAGAGUACAUGUAAAAUGUUGUUUACGAAAAUUGAAUAAUUUGUGUCGAUCCAUACUUUGGUAGCAAGUAUGAGGAUUAUUGAAGCAAUGUAUUGAACUAGAUUGAAAUAUUUGAAAGUCAAUAAAGCUCAUAAUUGCCUGUACCCAGGGCAAAAUGUUAUACAAUGUAUUCGGUAUUGUACUCGUUAAAUAACAGUUAACUAUGUAUUCUAUAAUAUGGACAGUAAGGUCCAGAGUUGUAUAGAGAAACGGCCAUUGUUAAGAGUCGGUGUUUCACCCAAUACAUACGUCGUUUUGCCAAUAUACCCAUACCUAGUUCGCUUAGUUCUGUCUAGAGUAGUGUUUUUAAUAGUAUGAUGUAAGAUUUUGUUAUUUAUUAUUCUAUAUUUCGAAUAAGACUUGGAUUGUUAUGAAGUCUUUGUGAUUUAUUCUGUGAAAAUUCAUGUGCCGUUUACGGUGUACUAAUAAUAUUGGUAAAUUUUAUACUUUACGCGUAGCUCCUCGACACGUGUCCGGGCUGCGCCAUAUCGAAUGUUCAACUGACCUCAGAAUAAUGUCGCAGUAAUUCUUUUAACUUUUGACUGUCUAUCGGGAAAUAUUACAAGAUUCAUGGAAAUCAGUAUUUCAGGCUCCCAUUGGUUCGCCUACGAUUUGAAAUAAUUUUGUCAGAUGUUAGUUUUUUGUGAUAGAUAUUGUUUACUUUUAGAUAUUAAUUUUAUAUUAGAUUCGAGUUAGCCACUUCACAUUUCUAAAUCGAUAACGAACGAGUACUGUUUUGUUACGAAGUGGUCGGCUUCAGUAGUUUAGAAAUCCUUUGUUACCCUCUCAGAGAAGAGGAUUUUAUUAAUUUUAUCCCGGACCCUGUCUAAAGAUUCCUGAACAAUGUGUUAGUCAUGAAAUGAUUCAAAUUACGUCAUAUGUGUUGCCAUUGUUUAGGUCGGUAAUUGUAUUUUAAUUUGUAGUUAUGUUAUUUCGAAUAGGUUAUAUCUUGUUAUCGGUGACGGUUGAAGCCACGAGCCCGCAAUGUACGGCAUAUAUUUAUUAAACGAUAGCUUCGCUACAUACAAACAUAUUCGGCAUGUAAGCAACACGGUUGAAAUGUUAAUUCUCUAGUCUACUACUCUUGUAAAGACAAAAAAAAUGUGUAUGAAAAAUUAAAACUUAAUUUUUUAAAUAUUCGGUUUAUAAAGAUUCUGCAUUAUAA